AUAGUCAAAAAAUUUAUGGAAUUAUUAAUGGAAAGAAAUCAUGUGAUACAGCUAAUAUGGUUUUUUAGGAAAUUGCUUGUUACUUUUUAAUAGCAAGAAUACUGACAAAGAUUACCACACGACGAUAAAUUUGCAAAUCUUUUACAACUGGGUUAACAAAAAUCUAAUUCCAGCAGUGCACAAUUUAUCUGGCAAAAAUGUAGUGAUAAUGCUGUAGGGAUCAUCAAAGAAGUGAUGAUAUAAGGAGAUAUAAGAUAUAUAAGAUAUAAGGAACAUAUUUCUAAGAGCAGCUCCGCAUUCAAUAAACAUUUACAGGAAAACCAACACAGUUCAAUUAUUGAUAAUAUAGAUUUGGUAAGGCCUCUUCUUAAGUCUAAAAAGAUGGACUUAUUAGAGGAGUUCCAUAUUCGUGAUAAUGAUAAAGAGUUAUUAAUCAACGACAACAUCGAGUUCAAUGAUCACAGAUAUUUUUUGAAAUUUUUUGAAAAUUCCCGCCCACCGAUCGACCUGAAUCGUCAUGCGCAAUCCGUUUCAUUGUAAGUGCAGUCUGCACCAAGUUUUCUUGGAGUACGCAGCUCAUUACAUUUGUUUUUCACUUUAGAAUUAAUUUUAUGUUAAUAGCGAUUCAUUUCUCAUAUAAGUUUAUUCGCGAAAAUAAAAGGGUUUUUUUUGCAUAAAACGUACACAAUGUAAGUGACGCCAUUUUGUUUCAACGUUUUUUGUUAAGUCAGUUUAACGGUUUUUUAACUUUUUGAUUUUGUUUCUAGUUGUUACUGUUUCCCCCCAUUUUGCUAAUGUUUAAGAAAGAAUUUUAAUAGUUUUUCGCGGUUUUCACUCCACAAAUUUCACUAAGAUGCUUUGAUAUGUCGUUGAUGAUCUUCUUCUGCAGAAUAACAGUGAAGUGUUGCGACUUGUUUCUUAUCAUUGUCAGCAUAAUGCAAUUGAACUAGGUUGAGCCUAUUGCAAGACCUUUUAUAAUAAACAUAUCAAUGAUGUCCUUCAAAGAAAAAAAAUGUGUCAGUAAUGUGUGGCAUACUGCUUUGUUAAAUUGUACAGCAGAAGUAUGGAACAAUUGUAUACAUCACAUUUAAAACAUAAUUGAUAAUGUUAUAUAAUGUAGUAACAUUAUUAUUAUUUAUAUUGGUAUUGUGACUUCAGGUCUACUUGUAUCAAAAUUAUAAUAGUUGUGUACACUGUUAGUUAAUAAAGUAAAUAUAAUAGCUAACUGCUAGUAGUUCGCUUUAUUAAUAAACAGAAUAUAAGAUAGGGUGUCAGGUGUAUAAAAAAAAAGUGAAUAAAAUGGAGUUUAAACCACCGAAAACAUUAGAUUUUUCUAAUAAUUCUGCGGAAACAUGGGUUAUUUGGAAACAAAAGUUUAAUCUUUAUAUGAAAACUUACAACAAAAAGAAGAACAAACAAUAGAUGCAUACAUUACGGAGUUGCGUACACAAGCUGCAUUAUAUGAAUUUAAGUGUGAAAAUGAUAAAUGUAAACAAACAUAGGAAGAUAGAAUGAUAAGAGACAAGCUAGUUACAAGUAUUUUUGACAAAAACGUGCAACAAAGAUUGUUGGGAGAAAGUGAUAUUUCCUUAGAAAAAAUUCAAGGUUAUUGUAAAUCAAUUGAAUUAGGAAAAUAUCACGCGCAAGUAUUAAACCCUUUAAAAGAAAUAAACCAAGUAAAGAAGAAAUGUAAUUACUGUGGAUUACAACACGAACCAAGAAAAUGUCCCGCAUAUGGUAAAACAUGCGCAAAUUGUCAGGGUCGUAAUCACUUUGCAAAAGUUUGUAAGAAGGACAAGAGAACACAAGAACAAGAAGAACGAAAAGGAACACCAAAAGAACAGAAAAAAGAAAAAAUAAAUGAAGUUCAAGAAGAUAACAAUGAAGAGGAAAUUUCAAUAAUAAAUACCGAAAUAGAAGAAAAGGAAGAUGUAGAAUUGUUCAUUUACUCUGUAACUUGUAAGAAAAAAAAUUGCUGGUAUGAAAACUUAAAAAUAUUAAAUAAUGAAAUUAAAUUCAAAUUAGAUACAGGUGCUGACGUAAGUGUUUUACCUUUACAUAUUUUCAAUAGCUUAAAUGUAAAAAAACAAUUGGAUUUAACACCUAUUACGUUAGUAGCUUUUGGCAAUAAUAAAUUAAAACCUGUAGGGAAAAUAGAUUUAUCUUGUGGUUAUAAAAAUGUAUCAAAGAUUAUUAGUUUUGUUGUUGUAAACAUAAAAACAGAACCAUUGUUAGGUUUAAGUGAUUGUUUAAAAUUUAACUUGUUAGGUAGAAUUAAUACUUUAAAUAAGAUUGAUGAACAAACAGAAAUGCCUAAAAACAAAACUGAAUUAUUGGAAGGUUACCAAGAUUUGUUUGAUAGCUUAGGUGAAAUAACAGGUACAUGUAAAAUUGAAUUAACAAACAGUGCUAUACCUACAAUUCAAGCAAAAAGAAAAAUUCCGUUAUCAUUAAGACCAAAAUUAAAAGAAACUUUAGAGAAUUUAGAGAAAAAAGAAAUAAUUUCAAAAGUGGACCAGCCAACUGAUUGGGUAAAUAGUUUGAUGAUUGUUGAGAAACCUAAUGGUCAGUUAAGGUUGUGCCUGGAUCCAAAACCAUUAAAUAAAUUUAUUAAACGUCAACAUUUUAUGAUCCCGACUAGUGAAGAUAUUUUUACUAGAUUGGCUGAAAAAAAUGUUUUUACGGUCAUGGAUAUGAAAGAAGGUUUUUGGCAACUAAAACUAGAUGAAAAAAGUAGUGAACUAUGCACUUUUAAUACUCCAUUUGGGAGAUAUAAAUUUAACAGAUUACCAUUUGGUAUAUCUUCAGCUCCAGAAAUAUUUCAAGCUACAAAUUUUGAAAUUUUUGGUAAAACAGAAAAAGAACAUGAUUUAGCACUCAGAAAAGUUUUUGAAAGAACGAUGAUUUAUAAUGUUACAUUUAACAGUAAUAAAUUUCCUUAUAAUAGUCAAUCAAACGGAUUAGCAGAAAAAGCAGCGGGAAUUGCAAAAAAGAUGUUGAAAAAGUGUAAAAAUUAUAGUGAUUUUAUAAUUGCUUUAACUGAAUACAGAAAUUCUCCUUUACCACAAUUAGGUUGUUCAGCUAUUGUUAAAUAG